GCUUUCUUUGGUUAAAACUGACGUCACAGACGGCAGCUGAUAGGCAGAAUUCAACUGUGGACGUUCGCCAUUGGUUGGCGAGCCGGUAUAAACGGUGCUUUCACAGUAACCUGUUCCAGUUGUGUUGUUAUUCACUCACUGUACACUUGAAGAAUAGUAUGUAUAAAGUACUUCACAAUCAAGACAUCAAACACGAGUGCUCGCGGUCAAGGGGACUGCAUGCGUAUCCUGAUCACUUCAGGGAACCUAAUAAGCUCUACCUCUAAACCAGCCGUCUGCUAAAUGAACAUUUAAAGGUUCCUGUCCUCUGGUAGGACUCUGUAUAUAGUGUACAUAUCGCUUUUCUAACAAAGGGUCUCGCUCAGAUAAGCCGAGCAAGCUCGAAGGAUCGAACAGUCACGCGGGGAUUUAAAAGGAGUCCAGAGAGCUCGAAAAGAUUGCACUAUACCCACCUUCCCGAUACAUCCGACGCACACCAGACGCACCUAGACCGCACCGGUGAUAUCAAAAAUCGCCCCACAACACUGGAUAAGCCAGAGAAACAGAGAGAAAAAGAUACGAAAAUGAGUACAGUGAAGCAAGAAGCGUCGAACGAUUUCCCUUGGUGGAUGAGGAUCUUCGCUGCAGGCACAGCAGCCUGCAUCGCUGAUCUAGCGACGUUCCCAUUGGACACCGCCAAAGUCAGAAUGCAGAUCGCUGGAGAAAGUCGUCCAAUUCAGUUGGCGGCAACGGACGGCUCCUUGUUAGCGAUUCGAAACACGCAGCCAGGAUUAUGGAGGACAGUAGGGAACAUCAUCAGAGUCGAAGGACCAAGGAGCCUGUACGGAGGUCUGUCCGCGGGACUCCAGAGACAGAUGUGUUUCGCCAGCAUACGGUUGGGCCUCUACGACGGGGUGAAGUCACGCUACGCUGGAAUCAUCGACGGUAAUAACAAGAGCGGAUCGAUGGAUAUUUCUGUACGAAUUGCCGCUGGAAUCACGACAGGCGCCUUGGCGGUGCUCCUUGCUCAACCGACUGAUGUCGUCAAGGUUCGUCUACAGGCUGGAAGCAUUGGACGAUCAACGGUGAGAUACAGUUCGACCCUGCAGGCAUACAAGAACAUCGCUACCCAGGAAGGGACCCGAGGUCUUUGGAAAGGAACCGUUCCUAACAUCUCGAGGAACUGCAUAGUGAACGUGGCAGAGAUCGUCUGCUACGACGUCAUCAAAGACUUCAUCCUGGAGUCUGGCUACCUCAGGGAUGGUAUUCCUUGCCAUUUGUCUGCCGCUGUCACAGCUGGCCUGUGCACAACCCUCGCCGCGAGUCCUGUAGACGUGGUGAAGACUCGAUACAUGAACAGCGCCCCGGGCGAAUACAAAGGCGUCAAGGAAUGCGCUGUUCGUAUGAUAAAGGAGGAAGGUCUGGCAGCCUUUUACAAAGGCUUCGUGCCAAGUUUCACUCGGCUGGUGUCCUGGAACAUCGUUCUCUGGAUCACCUACGAGCAGUUCAAGAUCUACGCGAAAAACAUGAAUCAGUAAACACCGUUCGCCACGGAACCUCCUCAUCGAUCGUAUAUACACACAUGCAUACACCGUGUUUUAAUCAACUGCAGCUUCAUAAUCUGUACUCUGAUCGUGUAGAUUAGGGAUGGGAGAACGUUUAGGUCGUGUAUUGUUUAGAUUUCGUCGUUUCGAAUAGAAUCUUUGUCUGCUGCUUUGUCGUCUCAUCGAUCGUUUCUGCAACUCGUUAUUCGUAUAAUUUUACUGCAUGUUAUUUUGUAUCGAUUCGUUAGUUCAACUUCGUGUGUAAUAAAUAGAAUUCUUGCCUAUACAUGCCUAGAGGGUGAAGAAUGUUUGAUAGGGAAAGUUAAAUGCUGCUUCUUAGUAUACACUGUUCGCACGAAAAUAGGACUUUUCUUCAGACUUUAAUUUUAACAGACUUAACAUUUACGAUACUUCAUGAUAUUGAUUAGUUUUGUCAUUUCGAUAGCUUUGUUCUGAAUGACGGCAGCCAGUUCUCCCAUCAAUCGUUGUAUCUUUAAUUUUCUUUCCAUAGUUGUGACCGUGCGUGCACUUAAUAUCUAAAAAUUAAUGUUCAUUAACGUUCGUCAUUGGAUAACUUCAACACGGAAGAAAUUUCACAGGCAAAAAUUAUAAUUGGCCUGUAUCAAAUGAACAAUUCAAAAGUGCACGUACGAUCGGGACAAUUAUAGGAAUCUCUGAAUAAUCCAUAAAGAAACAUUUUGACUAUGUAAGUCAACCUUAGGUAAUCUAAGUAGGCCAAUAGAAAGAACGAAAAUUUUCCUCUAUGGAUAGCUAGUAUUAAAAUUGCGUACGCAUUACGAAACGCCAGACAGACAAUAAGAUUCAACAAAUUUCUUUGAAGAAUUUUGCAAGGUUUGUUGAAAAGAGCUACACACCGUAUCGCGAUGACUUUCUUUUCUAGACUCCGGUUAAUUCUUCGACGUACUGUAACCACGAGCUAAUGAGGAUCCUUCGCUUCGCUAUCAUAUAAUUAUAAUUAUCUUCUUUUUUUUUUAAAUUAUGUUAAAUGGGAAUGAUUUAAUAAUCGCUGCUAGAUUUAUAAAAUACGGUCGAAUAGUUCACAAUCUCGUUUCGGGUCAAUUAAUGUUGUACAGGGCACAAUUUUUAUCAAAUUUCUGAUAGAACGAUUCGUAGUCUGUUUUUAAAGGCUAUGUUACCUAUCAUCUAUUGAUGUACGUUUCACAUUAAAGAGUAAUUCUUAACUUAUUAAUUGGGGCUGUGUCACCGUUUUUUUUUUUUU